AUGGACGCAUGUCAUCUAUUGUUGGGAAGACCUUGGCAAUAUGAUCGAAAGACUAAACAUGAUGGGUUCAAAAAUACAUAUUCGUUUAUAAAGGACGGCAUCCAUAUCACCCUAGCACCUCUUGAUACGCGCCAUGUGACAAAAGAUGAUUUACUUAUCACAAGAUCUGAAGUUGCUGGUCUUACCAGGCUCAACCCACCUGAUCUUCUAUUUGCAUUAGUCAUACAAGAAACCAAUAAAGUUGAGCUUACAAUUCCAGUUGUGGUCCAGCCUCUCAUCACUGAAUUUCAGGAGGUAUUUCCCGACGACAUACCCCUGGGGUUGCCCAUGAUGCGUGAGAUUCAACAUUGUAUUGAUUUUAUACCCGGAUCGGUCAUCCCAAACAAACCCGCUUAUCGAAUGAACCCGCGGAAUAUGCAGAAUUACAUCGACAAGUGUCGGAGCUACUUGAAAAGGGCCUUAUUCGAGAAAGUAUGA